CUUGCCUAGUAGUCCAACGUGGCCAGGUGAACGUAGGGAGGAAUGACGACAGAUGGGCCUUACAGACUGACGGAUUAUGCAUUAGAACCAAGAAGACUCAGAGUCCUUGCCACAAACAAAUGCAGGUGUAUACUCCCUCGGCGGCAAGGGGAUCUUGUUUAUAUACCGUACGCAAGAGCCAGCGGCAUGAUGCUGGGGAGAAGACCAGUGUGCACAGGGAACCAACAGUAGAAUCAGGAGGAUUUUACUGAUGGACGGCAAGACUGAGGGCAGUUUUUCUCUGGUUAACAUGGAAGUGUGGAGCUCCUCUGCAUCCGAGGAGGAGGAAGAAAAGGGGAGCACUGUUGGUAUUGUGCUGGAGGACAAAACAUGCCACAACAGCAGCAACAACAACAACAACAAUAACAACAAUAAUAACAACCUUUGCAGGGAGGUGAAGCAAGUGCUGUGCUCAGACAGAGUUGGCCAGGUUACCAAGACAUAUCAUGACAUUAAGGCCGUCACACACCUGCUGGAGGAGAAAGAGCGUGAUCUUGAGUUGGCAGCACGGAUUGGCCAGUCGCUUCUGAAACAAAAUCAAGAGUUGACAACCCGAAAUGGAAUACUGGAUGAACAGGUGGAGAGUGCAAAAGAAGAGAUUGCUCAACUGCGUCAUGAGCUUUCAAUGCGAGAUGACCUCCUUCAGUUCUACGCAAGCACAGAGGAGAUAGAAAACGCUGAAUCACACUCACCAAUAAAAAUAAAUGAAUCAAGCAGUUCUCUCAGCAACUUUGUCCACUAUGACUUCAUGCAGCAGAAACUGAAAUGUUUAGAGGAAGAGAACCGCAAACUUCGAUUGGAGGCCAGCGAGCUCUGCACAGAGACAACCAACUAUGAGGAACAAGAGCAGGAGCUGAUGAUGGUGUGUGUGGAAGAGCUGUCCUCUGUCAACAAGCAAGUAGUCGACCUAUCAGACGAGCUAGCACGCAAAGUAGAAGACUCAUUUCGGCAACAAGAGGAAAUCAGCUCACUUCUUGCUCAGAUUGUUGACCUGCAGGCCCGCUGCAAACGUCUUACUAAUGAGAACGAGGAGCUGAAUCAACAUAUGAGUGCCUCCCGUGAGAAUAACCUGAAACUGCAGUCCGAGCUCAAGGACCUGCGGGACAAGUACUCCCAGUGUGAGGACAUGCUCCAUGAGGCUCGAGAGGACAUAAAAAAUCUGCGAAAUAAGAGCCUUCCCAACAGCACGGUGCAGCGCUACACUGCUCUGGCCUCCGUCCUCCCCAUGGACAGCCUGGCAGCAGAGAUAGAGGGGACCUUCCGGAAAGGCUUGGACACGCCUGCCUCGUCAGAGUAUAAAACCCACCCGAGGCGUGUGUUUGAAACCGUGCGUGUGGUGAACAGGUCAGUGAGGCUCCGCUCUCUGUGCCACUCUCCGGGGCUUCCAGGUUCUAGCCCGGUGUCCGUGCAGUCCAGCUGUACCAGCACGCCCCGCACCAGUUACUACGGCUCUGACAAUGCCAGUCUCACUAUGGAGGCAAAGCCCAGCUGUAGUUUCGCCCAGAAAGAAGAUAUCAGUGGGCCAAAGCGUCUGGGCCAGCCAGGAACUCCGGGAGGCCAGGACCUUGAAGCUGCUUUGCACAGCUUGUCAGCCCGCCAGCAAAACCAUUCUUCUGAGCGGCCUUUCUUCGAUGUGGAGCGUGAGCGGAAACUGCGUGCCUUGGCAGCAAACAGCGAGGAGGACGAGGGUUCCAGUGGCUUCUUGACACCAAAUGACAGCUUGGCCUCCAGCCCAGUGGCAUCAACCGGCACCAACUACUCCAAUGGAACUUCUCGCCACUCCUGUGACUCCUCAGGAUCCAGGUCAUACCUGCCUGACCGCCUCCAGAUCGUCAAACCUCUGGAAGGCUCAGUGACUUUGCACCAGUGGCAGCAGCUGGCCAAACCAAACCUGGGUGGCAUCCUACAUCCUCGUCCUGGAGUCCUGACAAAAGAUUUCAGGGAGCUUGAAGUGGACAUACAGCAUGUGUACAGUCUGAAUGACCUGGAAGAGGAUGAACCUGACCUGUCGCUGCUCUCGGGAGCUCACAGCAUGGUGUCUUCAUCGGGUCCCAACCACCCUCAGACCUCUCCCACUCCCACCGUCACCACCUGCCAAGUCCCCCAACCAUCCCUCCUCACCCCUGCAUUCCCCUUUGGCCAUCACCCUGUCAACCUGCCAUUUUGUCCAAACUGUGAGCACGUGAGCACUUCACACACGUCCGGUCAACAGCACUUUGGCCUCACGGGCUCCCCCACCACAAACGUAAGCUGGUCAUCACCAGGACUCCUUCGGCUGCUCGUAGAACGAGGUAUCUCCGCCUCCUGUUCUCCCCGCCAGCACAUACACCGCUUCCACAGUACAGGGCCUCGGCUCGCCAACGGCGUCGACAAAAGCGGAGGCUCGUGCGGGAAAAGGAACAUUUUCAGCCUGAAUUUAGUGGAGAAGCUUCAGAGUCUCAGGCUACACAGAGUGGCUGCCAGGGGGAUGAGGAGUCAUGAUAGCAAAUUAGAAGAUAACCUGAUGUUUUGACUGCAAUCUUUCACUGCUGUUUGCCCACUGCACACGUGUCUGCGUAUGCUCCAGCCAGACUGUCAUGGUCCUCUUCUUUCCUAUUGUCGUAGGGAGAUGCGUUCUCCUACAUGUUCAUCUCAGGACAAUCACCUGAUCACAUGCUGCUUAAUUGCAGCUAUAGCUUCUUUUUAUACGCAAAUGAGGAACUUCAAGAAAGGUGAAAUCUUUUUAUACCAUAUGUUGUAGAGGUUAUUUACACUUUUUUCAGGUUAAAAAGGUAGUUGAUGUAAAUUUCAUGAAGUAAUUUAUUAUUUUCAAAUUGCACUGAAAUACAUUCUGGUCUUGCUGUCUUUUAGCUAUUAUAUUGAGAAACCACAUUGUAUAUAAGAUGAUCAUUAAAUUCAAGGAACUAGCUGAAGAUGCACUGAGUGGACGAAACAUUGACUGCACUAAAUAAUGUCAUUGUUAUUCACCAUUAGCUGUUUUCACAUAGCGAAUGUUGUUUGGGCAUGCUUAGCUGACUUUAUGGGCAUCAAAACACUCAUGUUAAAUCAAGUCAAUAAAUGUCAUUUAAGAAAACAAAAGUACUCAUGGCAUCGUAGGGAAUUUCAUUCUCCUGGGUUAAAAAAAGGAACAUGGUAAUUGCAUUGGACAUGCUUCUGCAAGCCAUAUACAACCAAUAAAAGUGGAGAAAUUGACACAGUCAUCUGUACCAAAAGGGCAUAGGAUACUGUAGUUUUAGUUAGGAAAUAAAAUGAAAAACACAGGUUAUGAUCAUGUGCUUGAUGUUAACCAAAACACAUUUAUCUGCACUUUUAAUGUGCAUUGUCUGUAUUCACAUCCUCUGUAUAUUUCACUGUGUGUAUACAGUAUGUACCAGCCCACCUGUGAAUAAAAUGUA